UUAUUAAUUUACUAGGAAGUUCGAAAACCAACUGAGUAUGCAACUGCGUUAUUAUUUUAAUUUAAGGUAAGGAGUGUUGCUGAGUUAGUAGCAGACAUCGACUAAAUAAAAUUGAGUCGUGUCCAAGUAAAAUGUGUUAAAUUCAGCGCGAAUGUUAUUGACUUCGUGACAACGUAAGCGAAAGUCAUUAAAAACAAAUACAAAACAAAGUAAUGUAGUAGUAAAAAAAAACAAAAACAAAAGCAACCAAACAUAUCAACAGUGCCACAAUAAGCGGAAAAUAGGUUAAUAGGCAGAAGAAUAGAAUUAAAAUAAAUAAAUUUAAAAGGAAAACUCUACAAAACAGAGAAUACAUAAUCAGAUGUUGUAGAAUUUUAUUUCUCAAAAAAAAAAAAAACAUUUAACUUCAAAGGAGCCGGCAAACACAACAACAAAGGAAAUUUUAUUAGCGAAAAAAAUAAUUGAAUUAAAUGCACCCAUCACUUUGAUGCGAAACUACAACUGGAAAUAAUAUUAAUUUUUCCUUUGUUCUGUUCGACAAAGUACAAAGUACAACACCAACAAUUGCAAGCAAUUGCAAAGGCAACAACGACAACAACACCAUACAAACAAGCUAAAGCAAAUAGAAAACAUAAUGUUUGCUUUUGUUGCAACAAAUAAAAAGUUAUGCCUUUGCUGCAGCGCAUAAUAAUGCACAACAAAAGCAGCAAUAAAAUAAUAGCAACAACAACAACAACCAGAGCUAUUACAGCAACGAUAUCAAAGCAAACAAAGGCACUUCAACAGCAGACCGAAAAAAACCGAACAGAAUUCUAAUUGAAUGCAAAUGAAACGUGCAAGUAGCGACGCCAGAGGGGAGAGAGACGGUGCAACAACAAAUUAAUAAGAACUGGAAAACAGGACUGCAUGCAACACCAUUAUAAUUACAAAUACAGUAAAUGUUGAGCGCGACAACGGAAAUGUUGCAAUAAUAAUAAAAUGAGUGAGAGUGCAAAAACAACAAAAUAAAACAACAACAACUACGGCAACAAUAUAAAAGCAACAAAGUGACAACAAGCGCAUUUGAGACGGUGCAGAACAGCAGUGGCCGGCAGGCGAUAAGCAAUAAAUCGGCUAAGAAAUAUAUAGCAAAUAAAGCGUCAAACCGUAUCAUAAUUAACACAGACAAGGUGGCAAAGAGGAGACAACAAAGACAACAGCUAAAGAGCAGCAGUAGUGAAUUUCAUAGCAAACAACAGCAACAACAAGCAACAAGCGAGUGUCAAUGACAGGCAGCUUGAAGUUAGUUGUUGUGGAUACAUUGUGAAUACAACAACUAAUAGCUAAGCCAACUGCAUUACAGUGGUUGUUGUGGAUAUAUUAUGUGUCUAUAGAAUGACGCCUCGCAACCAUUACAGCGAUGCUUUAGUUGAACGAUCGAAUAAUAUACAGCGAUUUUCCACAUAGACGCUUCGCCAGAGCGCGAACAACAACCGUUACUUUGGUGCAUUAGUGUAUGUGUGUGUGUUACAGGCAGCAACUUCAUGCAACCCUGUGGUGUGUGUAUGCUUGAAGUUAUGUCGGCGCAUUGAAGAAAUUGAACAGCAAAAGCGCGCUAAAUCUAAUUAUUCGCUACCAUGACUUUACAUGCCAAGCAGAAUUGUUAUAAUAACAACAACAACACAGACUUCUACUAAUAAUACCAACAAAACAAGAGUGAGGUAAGUGUACAACAAAGGCAGUAAGCAAGCAGAAUUGCUCACUCGAUUGCCGUCAAGUGGCGCAGCAACUAAGUAGUCGCUUUUAUAGCGUAUAAACAACAACAAAAACAAUUACUACAACAACUUUAUAUCACAGACAACACAACGCACGGCAGCAACAUUUCGCCAAAGACAAAGCGCAAAAAUCUUGCGCUUCAUUGCACUGCAGCGCAUCCAGCGUGGAGAGAACUCACACAUGUAUAUAUAGAAGACACAUACAGAUAGACUGCAUAUGUGUCUAUUUAACCGUUCAUUAGACAAGUGAAGUCAGUCAAUGUGAUAGCAAUACUGCACGAGUAGCGUGUGAGUGUGUGUGUUGUAGAGCUUAUGCUCACGUUGCUAGAGUAAUCGUGCUCGUGUGGGUAUCUGUUCUAUUCUGCAACCAUCUAUUGUUGUCGGCAUGUGGCUGGCGAUGUGCUGUCAUUAAUGCAAUUUGCUACAAAGCGGAAAUAGUUGACGGAAAUUAAACGGCCACUUAAGUUCCGGUGUAAAGUGAUGCCAUUCAAUUGGUGCAGCGGCCGCCUUAACAACAAUAACCGCAAUAACAACAACAACUGCAACAGCAACGCCAAUUGAAAAUUGUUAGCGGCAAUAAUAACUGUUUGAAUGUUUACCAUAAUAUUCUAUAAAAACGAGUACGUGGCUGUCAUAAUAGUAGACUAGCAAAAAAGUAAUAAUUGACAGCUUUCAUGCAAUUGAAAUAUUUGCUAAAAUAUUUUUGGCAAGCGGUGUGUUUUUUUUUUCUAAAUAUAGUAGCGAAUUCUUGCUAUUGUAAUCGAAUUGCUGCGAAAUAGCUGCCAAAAUGAGGUUAAAAAUAUUUUUGGAAAGAAAAAAAUAUGAAAAUCGAAAUAAAAAUAGUAAUGGCUUCAUAUAAAAGCUUCACAGAGUAAUAUAAAAGCUUCAGAGUAACAUAAAAGCUCAAAGUUAAAACUAAAUUCUCUUUAGUGAAAGCUCCGCAAAGUUAAAAGGCUCUACCGAAAGCUAUCUGGUUACAAUCGACUCUAGAAAGCUUUCAAGGCAUUAAAAAUUCAAAUAUAGAGCGUUAAUGUAAUUGAUGAAAGCUUCAUGAGAUCAAUGAAAGCACGAAAAUCGAAAUUAAUAAAGUAUAACACCAAAAUUCUGUCAAACUGUGCUUAGAUAUCAAUUAAUUUAGUAGAAAGUAUUUGGACAAAGUGAAAUUAUGAAAACUUGGAGAACUCUUCUUACGGAUGAAACAGGCUUGAAAGCUAUAAGCAAUAAUAAAACGAAAAACAAACCCAACAACAAAAAUAUAAGCCUAAUGCUACAACAAAAACUCAUAAAUUGAAAUUAAAUUGUAUUUAAUUCGAGAAAACCACGCAUACCAAGGAGAGUAGCACAUUCAAGAAGAAAAAAAAACACCAACUUACCAACUAUUAACAGAGCCAAACCCAUACGACAAUUACGUGCGCAGUUAAUUAAAUAUUUUAUUUGCUUCUUCAUCCCUGGACUCACCCAACUUUAUUAUUAAAUUAAUACUGCGACGAAAAGUUUCUCACACCUGUCACGGCUGAUUUGCUGCAAAUCCGCUCAGCGUUUAAUAUCAACCUGAAGCAAAGCAACGCUGCUUACUUUCAUCUUAUACCGUUAAUUUGCUCUCCACCUCUCUCUCUCCCACCAAAAGUUCACAGCUACUCGCACACUUCCACUGAUGACCGCCGCUAAACGACGCGCAAGCAGUGGCGCGACAAAUAACAACAACAACAAUAACAAUAAUGAUACGGAUGAAUAUCGCGAACAGCAACAACAUCUGUUACAACAUCCACAACAACAAUAUCAUAGUACACAACAACGUUAUCAUUUUCAUUAUCAACAAGUGCAGCAACAACUGCAACAACAACAACCGCAACAACAACAACAUUAUCAGCACCAACAACAACAGUAUUCACAUCAUUCUGCAUCGCAUACAACAUUUUAUCAACAAAAUCAACAGUCAAAUCCACAACAACAACAACAUCAGCAGCAUCAACAGCAACAACAGCGACAACAACCAUCGCUGUUGCGUGAUUGUUCGGUGAAAUUGCCUCUGGAUAUUCUAUGGUUACCAAAAUCUGCGAUGCGGCCAGUGGGGCCUGAUGCCUCGCACACCGACUGCAUAUUGGUUGUUGGUGUCUCCCGUCCGAAAUUAGCUGUAGUUUUUCUAACAGUUAUGUUAAUAUCACUAUUCCUCACCUUCCAUGUGCUCUACGACAGCGCCGUCUAUAAUAUACAAGCAGCACAGGUGCUUACCGAACGCCAUCGGUUGCGUUUGCUGAGCAGCGCGGCAGGCAGUGGCGGCGGUAGUGCGGGCGCUAAUAAUAUCAACAGUAAUCAUUUACCAGAAUUCAUUAAACCCGCCGCGGCUGCUGUGGCUGCAGCAGCAGCACUGGCCGCGGUACCCUCGUCGAAUCAGAUCAGUCAUCCAAUGGUGUUUCCAUCGAAUCGUGUGCACUUUCCGAAGACGAGUCGUCGAUUGCCGCAGGCUCUCAUCAUCGGCGUUCGAAAGUGUGGCACCCGCGCUCUCCUAGAAAUGCUGUAUCUUCAUCCUCGCAUACAAAAAGCUGGUGGCGAAGUACACUUCUUCGAUCGUGAUGAGAACUAUAUGAAGGGUCUAGAGUGGUAUCGUAAGAAAAUGCCACACUCGUUUCGCGGACAAAUUACGAUCGAAAAGAGUCCCAGUUACUUUGUGUCCCCAGAGGUGCCGGAACGUGUGCGCGCCAUGAAUGCCAGCAUCAAACUUUUGCUCAUUGUACGCGAACCGGUGACAAGGGCCAUUUCUGAUUACACACAAUUACGAAGUCACGCGGCCACGGCCACGUUGCCGCUAGCCGAUGCAGCGCCACCAACGCCAGCGCCAGCCAAAUACAACAGCGCCAACAGCUAUCAAAGGCGACGUGGACGCGCCAUCGACGCGGCUGGCUCUGGCUAUGGACCGGGCUAUACACAGCAACAGCAGCAGCUGCGCGCUUCACAGCAUAUGGCGCUGUAUGGCAGCAAAGCGAGCAAAUCCUAUGCAGCGGCACAAGUGUAUGAUCAUGCAAUUGGAGGCGGCGGUGGUGUGGAUGCUGAGGGUGGCGGCGCGUCACGGAAUCAUCACGGUGAAUCCUCCUAUACGACCGCGCCAACGACUGGCUCAGCGGCCGCCGCCGCAGCAGCAGCAGCGCAAAUUGCAAGCAAAUCAUUCGAGGAGCUCGCCAUAUUCCCCAAUGGCACGGUUAAUGAGUCCUAUCGUCCGCUAACCAUAUCUCUAUAUCAUUUGCAUUUGCAUCGUUGGUUGGAAGUCUUCCCGCGUGAGCAAUUACUCGUUGUCAAUGGUGAUCGAUUAAUUGAGGACCCCGUUUCGCAAUUGAAGCGCAUCGAAACGUUCUUAGGCAUUGAGCAUCGUGUGACCAACAGUCAUUUCUACUUCAACGAGACAAAAGGCUUCUACUGUUUAAGGUAUGACAGCGGUGACCGAUGCCUGCGCGAAACGAAGGGACGCAAGCAUCCACAUGUUGAUCCUGUGGUCGUGUCCAAAUUGCGAAAAUUCUUUGCCGAACAUAAUCAACGAUUCUAUGAAUUGGUUGGUGAGGAUCUUGGCUGGCCGGAAGAGUAGGCGGGCGGCGACGCUGGUUGCAUGCAAACACACACACACAAGAAGAACAACAAAAACAACUAAAAGAGACACAGUGUAGUUGUAUGUGUGUACAUGGUUAUGGGUCUAUAAAGCAAUUGCAGGACAAUCGCUUGAAGACUAGUAACACAUACACACACGCAUACACACUUAUAGUGUCUCCAAUAUGCGGUGCUGUGAGGUGUGUGAAAGUGAAGGAGCGCCAUCUGUAAACGACCACAAAGCGACCAGUGUAACAAUGGGUGACCAACAGUAGCUGUAAUUGAGAAUUAAGGACUGAUGGGAAAAACAAAUUUCAGUUACAUAAUUAAUUUUAAUACACACACACUCAUGUAUAUUUUUCGAUUUUUCGCAGGUAUGUAAAUUACACAAACACACACUCAUAUAUACAUAGACAUAAACUACAUACUUUUAAUGAUGUAUAAUUCUAAGCUUAAGUCGCGUUCUCAUAGUGAUUGAUACUAAGCGUUCGUCAAACACAAACCAACUAGUUGCAGCAUUAAGUUUAAACUUUAAGUAUUUCUUUUAAGCGAAAGUCUGCAUGUGGUUGUAUAUAUAUAUAUACAGCUGUGUAUAUGCAUGUAGUAUACAUUUAGGCUGAUGUUGUUAUGUUAUGACUGUACUAGAGUGUCAGUAUGUGUGUGUAUGCGGGUGCUUAUGUGUUAACGAUAUCCUGUCGACGAGCGUGUUAACUCUGUGCAAUGAAGUUUUGUUCGGUGGAGGAAAUUGUAUUAUUUCGCAUAGAUAGAGAAAAAAAUAACUCUCAUAUGCCUAUGCAUGUGUGUAUAUGUUUUUUCGGAUUUUUUUUCGGCAUAAGCGAAAAACAGAAAUGAAAUAUGAUUUCCAGUAUAAAAACUAAAAUGCGAAGAAAUAUAAUACUUUUGUUUAAUACUUUAACAAUUUGACAGUAGUAUUUUAGAAAUAUGUUUACUCUUCUGAGUAGGUAGGAGGUAGUCAGAGACAAAAUUAGAAUUUUCAGUAAUUUUUGUUUUUGCUAUUAAAUCAUGUUAUUUUACAAAAGUAAUAAUAUGGCAUAUAUUUUUACUUGAAGUCACGAAAAUUUGAAAAAAAAAAUUAUAAUUUCUAAAGCUAUAGCAGUUUGUGUUGACCCAGUUCCAAAAAAAAGGUCCGUGCAGUGACUAUCAAAAGUCCUUGGGGAUUAAUCUAAAAUCGAUAAGAAAAAAAAAUGUUAUAAAUAGAUAAUUCUGCGUCAAAAUUAACAAAAUGGUGGCCUCAGGAAGUCUUUUCUAAAUUUUUGGGAAAAAAUCUAUUGGUCUUAAAAAAAUGAAAUUAAAAAAAAUCAUUCGAUCAGGCUUGAGUUUAUUAUGUAUCCUAAAAGCUGUCAUCAAGCAAACAGUCGGCGCACUCGCGUCUUGGCUCCCACGUCACUGUUGACAGUCAUAACUUUGAAGUUGUAGAUAAUUUCGUCUACCUGGGAACCAGCAUUAACAGCAAUAACAAUGUCAGCCUCGAAAUCCAGCGCAGAAUCACUCUUGCCAACAGGUGCUACU